CCAGUUCUCUCAGUCUCGUCGUCGUUGUUUUCGGUUGGAGGAAAACCAGGAACGGGUGGCGAAGGCUUGAAUUUAUAGUCGGGCGUGUGCGGGAAUCGGCCGCGGCUUGGCGCGGUUGCCUGGAGCCUGCCCGGCGACAGAACCUCAAGAAAGUCAGCCCACGUGUGAAAUCCAUGUGAUGUUAAUAUUAUCGAGGAAAAGAAGGGCACAGGAGCAAGAAAGCAAACGCGCGAGACCUAAGCGAAAGGCCUCACAGGAGUUGGGAUGGGAAGGACUAAGAGAGACAUUACGGGAAGUGUCUGCUCAUCCAUCCUGGCUUACUGCAUCUCAAAUUCCGUCACUCCUCUUGGAUGACUCCAACACUAUCACAAUCCGAAGCAAGGACGAGUAUCAGUCUCACCAUCGAGGUCUUGAACACUUCUCGUUUUGUAUCAUACAAGUUUGCGCCAGUCUUACCGGAAAUAACUUUCAAAACAGCGUUCAACUAUUCUCGUCUCUCUCUCCGAUUUCCAAGAACAGAUGAAAUGGGCAAAUGAAUUUCUUCCUCAAAACCUCACA